AUAUUAGUGCACUUUAACCUGUGCAGCUUUCCUAUCACUGAUACAAAGUUUAAUAUGUUCAAUUCCGAACCAUAUUAGGAUCAUAGAAGUUUCUCGAAGACCACACAAAAUAAUAGAAAUUUCAUCACAACCUUUGAAAGUGGUGAUCAGAGUGAUACUUGGACGAUAUCUUCGUAUGGAUACAGUCGCCUUCACACACAGUUUCCUUAUUAGGACUCCAGAUUCUAGAUCAUGUUCUCACUUGAAAGUUUGUCAUUCUCUAUCUCCCCUGAAAGUAAACUGCUUUCGUGAUUGUCGUCGACGUAGUCAAGGCCAGGUUAGCUUGGGUAGACUUGAUGUUUGUAAUCGAACUCCUUUAUCGUACUCUUUUAGUAUGGUUGCACAGAGUGAAAUUAAACAUCGAAUCAACGGGUUUCCAGCAAGUCGUGACUUAGUGCCUUUGAGAAAUUAUGUUUUGGUAAAGUUUGCAACUCCUGAAGAACAGACCAGUUCGGGUUUGUUAAUUGCACGCAGUUCUUCUGAUGAUCAAGCAGUACAAGGAACGGUAGUGGCAGUUGGUCCAGGCUCAUUCUUGCCAAAAACCAAAGCUCGUGGACCGCUAGCCGUUCAACCAGGUGACUUUAUUCUUGCUGGUAAAUAUGGAGGACAGAGGAUAGAUAUUGAUGGGCACAAGCACUUCCUUUUAUCUCAGGAAGACAUUUUAUGUACUUUACAAGGAGGGAAAAAGGAAGUUUCUUCCAUUAAGCCUAUCUUUGAUAGAGUAGUUUUAAAGAAAAUCAAGUCGGAACAAGAAACAGCUUCAGGCAUUGUCAUUGCAGCCAGUAACGAACUUCCAACCAUAGGAGAGGUUGUUGCUGUGGGACCUGGUCGUCUUCUUGAUGAUGGACAAUAUGAGCCGAUAGAACUUUCGGUUGGCGACCACGUCGUCUAUUCAAAGUAUUCUGGUAACGAAUAUCGUUUUGGAGGGGAUGAUUAUAUUAUUGUCCGUGCUUCGGAUUGUGUUGCCAAGUGGUAAUAUAAACCCUUUUCAAUCUUACGUCACCAGUUCUCUUCUU